AUGUCAACCCCUCCCCCCCAACACCACCAAAUCCCCAACUUCAUCUUCAGCGACGGAACCGGCCCAACAAACGUGCAUCUGGCCUACCUCGACAUCAAUUCCAGCGCAAGCAAAGUAGCCCUCACCCCAACCUGUUUCCGCAGUCGCCUAGCCUUAGACCUAACCUUCCAGGACACCGCACUUCAAAGUCACCGCAUCAUCGUGGUCGCCUUAUUCGGCAAUGGCGAGUCCUCCAGUCCCUCGAAUAUGGCCCAUUUUCCGGUGUCACUCCGAUACGAAGACUGCGUACGUGCCCAGCACGAGCUACUCAUCCAACAUCUCAAUAUUGAAGCCAUUGACGUCAUCCUCGGCUUCUCGAUGGGCGGACAGUGCGCGUAUCACUGGACACUGAUGUAUCCCGAGUGUGUCCAAAGCGCGGUCAUCAUCUGCUCGCCGGCGAGAACCAGUCGACACAACCACCAGUUUCUCGAGGGGCUGAAGGCGGCGUUGGUUUAUUCGGCGGAUUAUCGCAAGACAAAACAAAUUGACAGGGACCAUAACCAUGAGACUGGAGCCACCUCUGGGUCUGGGUCGGUAUCGGACGGGCUGCGGGCAUUCGGAAAAGCCUACUCAGCAUGGCUGACGAGCCCGGAGUGGUUUGAGAAAGAGAUGUACAAAUCGAUCGGAUACGAGACGUUGGGUGAUUGGGAUGCGGAUGCAGCGGGGAUGAAUUAUCUGAACUGGCAUCCGGAUGAUUUGCUUGCUAUGCUUGGGAUGUGGCAGAAAGGAGACGUGACCUUGGUGACGGGGGAUUCAUCUUUACAGGAGGCGUUGGCGCGACUUAGAGCGCGUGUUCUAGUUAUGCCGAGUGAGACGGACCAGUAUUUUCGCUGGGAGGCAGCGGAGAUUGAGUCGAGCUUGAUCAUUCGCUCAACGUUCAAGCGUAUCCCAUCUGCUUGGGGGCAUUUGGCGGGGCUGGGGUAUGGUCUUGAGGAUAGGGAGUUUAUGGAGCGGGCGAUUGAGGAGUUUUUGAGAGAGUGA